AUGCAGGCGCGGGGCUUGCGGCGGCUUUGCCACGGCCGUGCCUUUGCGGCGCGGUCUUGGGUGGAGUACGAUGCUCAGUGCGACUUCCCCCUGCAGAACCUGCCCUUCGGCGUCUUCUCCUGCAGUCAGCGAGGCCCCCGCUGCGCCACAGCCAUCGGCCACUAUGCGCUGGACCUCGCCCUGCUGGCAGAGCAUGGCUUUCUGCAAGGGCUUGGCUUUGACGAGCGCCGGGUCUUCCGGCAGCCUGCGCUGAAUGCGUUCAUGUCGCUGCCCCGACCGGCCUGGCGUGCCACCCGCGCACGCCUCACAGAGCUUCUCUCAGAGGGUGACGAGAGGCUGCGGAGGUCUGACCUGCGGGAGACGGUGCUGAGGCCGCUGCAGGAAGUGAAGAUGCACCUCCCUGCCAAAAUCGGCGACUACACAGAUUUCUAUUCCUCUCGGGAACACGCGACCAAUGUCGGCAUCAUGUUCAGAGGGAAGGACAACGCCCUGCAGCCCAACUGGCUUCACCUGCCAGUGGGCUACCACGGCCGUGCCAGCAGCGUGGUGGUGUCUGGCACCCCGCUGGCGCGGCCACGGGGGCAACUGCAGAAGAGCAAGGAGGAUCCCUGGCAAGGCUCUGUGUAUGGCCCCUGCAAGCUGCUGGAUUUCGAGCUGGAGAUCGGCUGCUUCGUGGGGGGCGAGCUGCCCCCCCUGGGCCGACCGCUGAGCAUCGCGGAGGCGGCGGAGCACGUCUUUGGCUACGUGCUCAUGAACGAUUGGUCCGCCCGCGACAUCCAGGCCUGGGAGUAUGUGCCACUGGGGCCCUUUGGCGCCAAGAACUUUGGCACCACCAUCUCACCUUGGGUGGUCACGCCGGAUGCGCUAGAGCCCUUUGUGUGCGCCACCUCUGCAGGGACGCAGAGUGAGCCACAGCCACUGCCAUACUUGCAGGAAGAGAACUACAGCUCUUACGACAUCAAGUUGGCAGUCGAUCUACACACACCGAGCAAAGCAGGAAGCGAGAAGGUCAUCACCACGAUCACAGAGUCCAACUUCCGGCACAUGUAUUGGACUCCGCGGCAGCAGCUGGUGCACCACAGUGUCACGGGCUGCAACAUGGCGCCCGGGGAUUUGUUGGGCUCUGGCACCAUUUCGGGCACUGAGCAGAGGAGCUAUGGCUCCAUGCUGGAGCUGUCCUGGCGGGGUGCCAAUGAGAUUCCCCUGGCCGACGGUCAAGUUCGCAAGUUUUUGCAAGACGGCGAUGUCUGCAACGUCCGGGGCUUCUGCCAGGGCGAAGGCUUCCGCGUUGGCUUUGGGGACUGCUCCGGGGAGGUGCUGCCAGCUGGGACGCUGGAUCAGGCGCCAUGCAUCAAGAGGCAAGAGCAGGCCCUGAAGGACGUGGAGCUUUACGGCUACUGGCGCUCUGGCUCCUCUUGGCGGGUGCGGAUCGCCCUCGCGCAUCAUGGUGUGGAUUUCAAGAACACGCCAGUCAACCUGCUGAAGGAUGAGCAAAAGAGUCCAGACUUUGUCCCAGCCUGCCUUGAGUCAUAUGCGCUGACGCAGACAGUAGAUGGAAGGAAAAGGCGCUGCUUCGCCUACGCCGAGGCCAUCCUUUUGGACCUUCGCUGGGUGACGCUUCAAGCCGAGCACCUGCACCUGCGGCACCAGGCCCUUGCCAACCAGGAGGGCUUCAUCAAGGACCUCCUGGCAACCUUGCUUUCGGGCCUCAGCCUCAAGGACUGGCCCCUGGCAACCUUAGUUCUGGAGCCCAACCGCAAUAUGGAGGCGCUGUACCACCUGGUUUUCCUGGAGGAGUUGAUCCGAGUGCUGCGCCCCCUGGUUUCCCUGGAGGAGUUGGACCGAAUGCUGGGCCUCCUGGACCAUCUGACAGAGCUGGAGGACUACCACCGCGGGUGCUUUCUGCUUUUGAGAUGCUGGGAAAGUCGCCACUUCCUGAUCGAGCGCAUCAACAUGGACAUCAUCAAGGUGCCGUUGGAGAAGCGCGGCAUCAAGCUACUGCAGAGCUUUCAGGAAGGCUCUCAGCCGAGGAGGAUCGCAGACACUGUGCCGACUGAGGUGCUUCUUUCAAGCAGAGGCUACAGUGCCAUCCUCACGGCCCUUCAGGAGAAGUACGCCCCGGUGCUCGAGGCCUCGGGGCCGAAGGCCAUCGACCGGUUCCUCUUUGAGGGCGAGCGCCAGAAAGGGGAAUCAUACACUUCGUUCAUCGCGGCGAAGGAGAUUGCUAGACAAGAGAUGGAGUCCUUCCUUGGUGAGAAGGUUUGUGACAAACUAUGUGGCCGCAUUCUCCUACGCCAAGCUGGACUAAAUGAACUUCAGCGAGAGAUGAUCACCCUGAAGGGGCCGAUCCUUCGUGGCUUCAACGAGAUUGCCGAGAUGCUUCGGCCUUUGGACAGGCCAGAGAUGCUGGCUCGGGGAGAGGACACCAAGGUGACCAAGAACUUCCACCAGGAGCACUACUUGCAGGAGUUCCCCGAGAGCUAUGACUACGACCACUACAGCGGCAACUUCGAGGACCACGAGGACCACAUAGACUACCCGUACGAGUACGAACCGGAGUGGGAGUACGAGGAUGAACCGGAGAACCCGGUCGCCAUCGAUGACGAGGGCAACGCUCACUUCUUCAUGGAGGACCGUGAGUACACGGAGGAGGAGUCGAAGUACUUGGAAGCCUACGUCUCCGCCUACCGAGAUGUGAGAAAGGAGCUACAGAAGCGCCGCACUGAUCGCGGUUACACUCGGAGAGGCCCGCCUUUUCGUGAUGGGAAAGGUGGAAAGAAGGGUCGGGGCAAGUUCCGAUUCUCCGGCCGUGGAAAAGGGAAAGGUGGUGAUAAAGGAAAGGGGCAGGGGCAGAUGCGGGGAACGUCAGAGGACCUCAUUCUGCGAACCCGCUGCUUCAACUGCAACGAGCUGGGCCACUACGCCAAGGACUGCCCGCUUCAGACCAAGGGUGCUGGGAAGGGCAUCAACAAGAAGAUGUUCGUAGUAAGCUCGGGCAACAACACUGCGACCCAGCCGAUGGUUUUCAUGAUGACCACCAACCUCAAGGAGAUGCCCCAGACCGAUGCGAGAACCACACAACCAACGCUUGCGAAAAGGCUGAUGAUCUUCGCCGGAGUCAAGUGCCGACCACAGGAAGCCUUGGUUGACACUGCGGCUGAAGAUGCAGUCAUAGGCAGCACAGCUAUGAGGCAGCUCACCAUUGAGCUGCAUCGAAGAGGACUUCGACCUCUGCCGGUGAGCGCUGGAGUUCCACUUCCCGGAGCUGGCGGCAUUGGUGGAGCCGCGGUAGUGGAGUCGAUGAUGGAGGUGCCUUUGGGGAUAGCCUCCAACAACUGUGUGCUGAGGUUCACCAUCCUCAGAGACAGCGAUCAGUUUCAGACCCCACCGCUGCUUACCGUCAGCUUCCUGGAGUCCGUGGAGGCGAUCAUCGAUUUGCAGAACGAGCUGUGCAUCAUCAACGGCACUCCUACGCCAAUGACGAGGUUGCCAUCAGCACACCGCACUAUCAACAUCUUGGACUUCGAUCAGGAUGGUUGGGACCUUCCGGUGGAACGACGGAAGAACCCCAAGAUCGAUCCCUUCAAGCUGCCGCCCAAGGGAACCACGAACUUCUUUGAGGGCGGCACCAUCACGGUGUGGCUGCAAUCAACCAAGGGCACGACCUUCGUGCAGACGCUUCCGGGAGGCCGAGACCACCUGGUCAUCCCCAAUGAGUGCAGUGGUCUUCCCAAGGAAGGCUUGUCCCCGCAUCGACGGACAUUCGCAAUUUUUGCAGACGGCCACGACAUCACCAUUGAUGAUCGUUGGCCAGGCGGCUUCAAGCAGUAG